GAGAGCCCCAACAACAAAACCAACUGCAAAGAAAACCAAAAUCGACAAAUGCGGUCAAAUUGAAAAGAAAAACAAAAAAUCAAAAGUAUUUCUCGCGCAAAGCCAAAAAGCAAAGUCAAAACGAGGCACAAAGCCGAAAAACGCAGAUUUCCCAUCGGAAAAGCCGGAAAAUUGCCCACUAGGCGUGUCGCUGCUUCCUCUUCUUCCCUUCAAAUUGUUUAUGCUGCAACAGUCGUAGUGUGCGAAAGAGAGCAAGAGAGAAACCCGAAGGCGGUUAAAAUAGAACGCAGAACAAACAGCUACCCAAUUGUCAGCAAAUCGAUCAUUUCCAUUUCGAGAAGCCUAAGAUUGAGGAAGCCCGUUCGCCCGCAGUCCCACAUCAUUCAAUCAAGCGCAAAGUGGUUCAACUCGAAAAGGGCACAUUUUCGCCUUGCAAAUUCCAAUCUUGAAACUAAAUGACGCCUGUGUCUGAAACAGAAACCCUGCUGCCAAAUACCGCAACGCUGGACGCCAGACGACGGCCGCAAAUUAGCCAGUCAGCCUUAGAUUUGCAAGUCUAAGAAGUCGCUCGGUGAAAGGAAAGAGAGGAUCCCUGUUCAAAGGAGCAGUCUGAGGUCAAGAGCAGAAGCAACAUCAAAGCAAGGACCAGCCAGUGUGACUGCGACUAUUUUUUCGAGAGCGCCAAAGGAUUCAUUAAAAAACCGCCAACCUGGAACUAAUGGAAUUAGAGAAUAUUGUGGCCAAUACGGUCUACUUGAAAGCGAGAGAAGGUGGUUCCGACAGCAACAAGGGAAAGAGCAAAAAAUGGCGCAAAAUAUUGCAGUUCCCGCACAUAUCGCAAUGCAUCAACCUGAAAGACAAAUUAGACAUAAGCUAUGGCUACGUGAUAGAUCAGCAACCCAUUGGUCGUGAGCUCUUCCGCCAGUUCUGCGAGAACAAGCGGCCCGUCUACUUUCGGUACAUCACCUUCCUGGAUGAGGUGGUCAAAUACGAAAUCGAGUACAUCUCGAACCGCAUAUCCAUUGGCCAUGACAUCGGGCGCCGUUUCCUGGACGUGGAGGCGCAGCUGGAGCUGCGGAACGGCAGCGGAGGCGACGCCUUGGACGCCGAGACGCAGGAGGAGCUGCUGCUCAACAGCAGCAACGCCAAUCCAACUGAAACCGCUGAGACUGAACACUGCAACAAUACCACCGCCAACAACUGCAACAACAUCAACAACAGCACCAUCAGCGACAUCAAUCACAAGAAGCUGGACACGCGCAACCACAACGGCGACGACGCCACCGGGAACGGGAGCCACCAGGAGGACGGGGACGAGUGCCCCGACAGCCACGGCGACGCGGAGAAGGGCGACGGCGGCGGUGGCGGUGGCGGAGGCGGAGAGGGCGGAGGAAAGCCGGGAAAAGGCGAUCACGUGGGCGGAUAUCCCGACGAGCUCGUGCUGGACGUGCUGAACGACGAUCUCAUUGCGCAAGUGCGUAACAAACUCAACAGCGGCGGCAAGGACAUCUUCGCCCAGUGUGUGAAUGCGGUGAAGGCGUUCCUGGCCGGCGAGCCUUUCCGGGAGUUUGAGAGCUCCAUGUAUUUUCACCGAUACUUGCAGUGGAAGUGGCUGGAGGCGCAGCCAAUCACCUAUAAAACGUUUCGCAUGUACCGGGUGCUCGGAAAGGGCGGCUUCGGCGAGGUGUGCGCCUGUCAGGUGCGGGCCACUGGGAAAAUGUACGCGUGCAAAAAGCUGGAGAAGAAGCGCAUCAAGAAGCGCAAGGGCGAGUCGAUGGUGUUAAUCGAGAAGCAGAUACUGCAGAAAAUCAACUCGCCGUUCGUGGUCAACCUGGCCUACGCGUACGAGACAAAGGACGCCCUCUGCCUGGUGCUGACCAUAAUGAAUGGCGGCGAUUUGAAGUUCCACAUAUACAACAUGGGCGGCGAGUCCGGCUUCGAGCUGGAGCGCGCCCGCUUCUACGCCGCCGAGGUGGCCUGUGGCCUGCAGCACCUGCACAAGCAGGGCAUCGUCUACCGGGACUGCAAGCCGGAGAACAUCCUCCUCGACGACCACGGCCACGUGCGCAUCUCCGACCUGGGACUUGCCGUCGAGAUUCCGGAGGGCGAGAUGGUGCGCGGCCGGGUGGGCACAGUGGGCUACAUGGCGCCCGAGGUCAUCGACAACGAGAAGUACGCCUUCUCGCCGGACUGGUUCAGCUUCGGCUGCCUGCUGUACGAGAUGAUCGAGGGUCAGGCGCCCUUCCGGAUGCGCAAGGAGAAGGUGAAGCGCGAGGAGGUGGACAGGCGCGUCAAGGAGGAUCCCGAGAAGUAUUCGAGCAAGUUCAACGACGAAGCCAAAUCAAUGUGCCAACAGCUGUUAGCUAAAUCGAUAAAGCAGCGCCUGGGCUGCCGCAACGGACGCAUGGGCGGGCAGGAGGUGAUGGCCCACCCGUUUUUCCACUCCACCCAGCUCAACUGGCGUCGCCUGGAGGCUGGCAUGCUGGAGCCGCCCUUUGUGCCAGACCCGCACGCCGUUUACGCCAAAGAUGUGCUCGAUAUUGAACAGUUCUCAACGGUGAAGGGCGUCAAUAUCGACGAGUCCGACACGAACUUCUACACGAAAUUCAACACGGGCUCCGUGUCCAUUUCCUGGCAGAACGAGAUGAUGGAGACCGAGUGCUUUCGGGAGCUCAACGUCUUUGGUCCCGAGGAGUGUCCCACGCCAGACUUGCAGAUCAACGCGACCCCGGAGCCGGACAAGGCGGGCUGCUUCCCGUUCCGCCGGAAGAAGAAGCAGCCGGCUCGCACACAGCCCAUUCCCAUUCCCGAGCAUCUGCUAACCACUAGUCACAGCGUGUCCUCCACGACGGUCGAGAGCUGAUAGCACAGAUCUGUCGAGGAUGCCUCCAAGCGGUCGCCUGAUGUAGACGUCGACUCAUAGCACAAACUGCGCACAGUUACCCCGAGUCGGGGGGACUCGGCAGAAACGGAGGAACAUCUUAGCACAACCUAACUACGAAACCAGAACCGGGAUGAUCGGUUUCUCCCUCAGUUGAAGCGCAAAUAGCAUUUUUUAAAUUGUAUUUUUACAUCAAUUUUUCUAAUGAAAUUACACGGUGAUUUCGCCACAUAUAUCUAUAAAUGUUUCCAAAAGACUCCACAUCAAACAAAAAACACAAACAAUGAGCACACAUUAGAGAGUUAUUUAACUGAGAAAGUGGCAUUAGUACCACUCUCUACACGACUUGAGAGCAAGAGAAGCCAGUUCGUCAAAGCACCCAAAUCUAAAGUUACUUAAUAGGAGCGCUAUUCAAAUAUAUUAUCGACCAUCUAAACAAACAUCGCCAGAAGCAGAAGCAGAAGCAGGACAACAGCAUGAUCAGCCGCUCCACUUAGACGGAAAAGUAGAGGCAACGCCAGCAGAGUAAAGUGUAAUUUUUGUAAAGUAGUUUGUGCUCAACGGAACAGCGUUGGAGGAUAGAUGUUCUAGUUAGCAUUUGUAAGUUAAGAAAGUGACAUGAAUACUCGAAAACUUGAAUGCAUUUUUAACAAAUACUUAAAACAUGCUACUUUAUUGUACAUGCGUAGAUCAAGCGUACAACCUAAACAGAUUGUAAAUUUUAAAACCUAAUAUUAUUUAUGCGACUCCUAAGUUUUAUUGCCGCACACUUUUGCUAAGCUUCUCAUAUUGUUCUUUGAAACUUUUCUGUUGCCUAAGUUUAAGUUGGCCCAAAGGCUCCCAUGGGAUAACGUUAUUACUGAUAUUUGUUUCUUCAUGCAAUAAUUUUAACAGCAAGUUUUGCUAACUUAUGCUAAUUCAUUGAGAUAUCGAUGUCAGCUAGUUUCUAAGUUUCGUGUAAACGUAGCGUAGGCAUUUUGUAAUUAGCAACAAAGAACGAAUCACGAAAACAAAAUUAAACCAAUUGGAGAAUUUAUUAUGUUAAUAUGGAAAAUUGAUUAUAAUUAUUGAACUUGUUGGCAGUUGCAAAAGUGUCAGCUGCAAGUCUUAGUUCAGAUUCUGAUUUAGGCACUACUAGUAAAUUGUAAGGUACAUAUUGAAAAACUACUACCAGCACAACCAACCCGCAUUCAAAGCAGACAAACGCCACCAGCCGGCAACCAAUUUAGCACUACACCUACGAUAAUGUAAACCAAACUGAGCAAGCGCCGAAAUAUUUAUCUUUAGCAAUUAAAGGCAUAUUUAUAGAGCAUCGUAAAUACCAGAUAUACAUACAUAAAUAAAUCUAUUCUGUAAGCGAAAUGAUACAAAUUACAAACGCAAAGUCAAGAGAAGAACAUUCAGAAACAAUAAACGUAUUUAACUACCACC